AUGCCCAGCGAAAACAUCUUCCUGUUCGUGCCUAACCUCAUUGGUUAUGCCCGGAUUGUCUUCGCCAUCAUCUCUUUCUACUUCAUGCCCUGCUGCCCCCUCACGGCCUCCUCCUUCUACCUGCUUAGCGGACUUCUGGACGCUUUCGAUGGAUAUGCUGCCCGAAUCCUUAAUCAAGGGACCCGGUUUGGGGCCAUGCUGGACAUGCUGACCGACCGCUGCGCCACCAUGUGCCUGCUGGUCAACCUGGCCCUGCUGUACCCGCGUGCCACCCUUCUCUUCCAGCUCAGCAUGAGCCUGGACGUGGCCAGCCACUGGCUGCACCUCCACAGCUCUGUGGUCCGAGGCAGCGAAAGCCACAAGAUGAUCGACCUGUCGGGAAACCCAGUGCUUCGGAUCUACUAUACCUCCCGGCCUGCGCUGUUCACCCUGUGUGCUGGGAACGAGCUUUUCUACUGCCUCCUCUACCUGUUCAGCUUCUCCGAGGGACCUGCAGUUGGCUCCGUGGGCCUUUUCCGGCUGGGACUGUGGGUCACCGCCCCGGUCGCCCUGAUGAAAUCCCUCAUCAGCGUCGUCCACCUGGUCACAGCCGCCCGCAACAUGGCUGCCCUGGACGCGGCAGAACGGGCCAAGAAGAAGUGA